AUGGCCCCUCCUACUCCCACCUCUAACCCUUUCGCCGCCAUGAGGAACUUUGGUGGUAUGGUGUCGUCUGCUCUUUCCUUCGGCGACAGAUCUCGCCAAGUCUCCUCCCUCGGCCUCGGCACCCUCUCUUUGGGGGAGCCGUCUGGCGAUGUCCCGCCUCCUCGCUCCGCUUCUCCUCCCGUCGGUCCUCCCGCUGGUUCUCCCUCUGCUUCUCCUCCUCCUGGUUCUCGCUCUGCUUCCCCUCCUGCCGCCAGCCCUCGCCGCAGGACGCCCGCCUUUCGUCCUGACUUCGAAGGAAAAGGGGGUGAUUAUAGUGAUGAGGAUGAUAGAAUCGUGUCGGAGGGUGAAACCGAGUUAGAGGAACACUCGGAUGAUGAUAUGGUGGCGGUUAGUGUAGAGGACAACAACGUAGAUAGUCCUGAGCCCGCUCCUGCCCCUCCCCCUGCUCAAAUUGUGGGCCAGAAACGACGCCGUUCCCUCUCCUCUUCUUCUUCUUCUUCUUCUUCUUCUUCCUCUUCUUCUUCCUCUUCCGGGGUUCUCCCCCCCCCCAACGCCAUCGCCGCUGCCGCCGCUGCUGCCGCCGCUGCUGCCGCCGCCAUCGCUCCUGCUGCCGCCGCCGGUCCUGCUCCCGCCGCCCCUGUCGCUGCUCCCCCCCCUUCUCCCAGAGGGGAGCCUUCGCCCAAACGGGUGAAGAGAUCACUGCGGGAAGAAGAGUACUUGUGGGAGAAGAUGAAGUCCGAGCCUGGUCGUUGGAUCGCGGUUGGUGUUGACGAAGCGUGUGAUCGUUGCCGACGUGAGAUUAUCACGUAUAAUCGUCCAAACUGGCCCUGCCUCAAGGCAGUCAGGCCACACAACAAGGCCCUCCGUUGUGCUUCAUGCACGUCUGGCCCCUGCUCCUUCUGUCCCGUUUCCUCUGCCCGGGACAUCCCGCCCCGUCCCUUCGACGCUUCUCCUCUCCCCCCUCCCCAGACUCCAGCGUCUGUCCCCCGUUCGCGGGUACCGUCUUCGUCUCUCCGGUCGGUUCGCCGUACUUCGCCGGACCUCCGCCCGUCGCCUCCGUCGCCGUCGCCCUUCGCUCCUGUGGCCGGCCCAUCACGUCUCCCGGCUGUUCCUCCUUCGUCUUCUCGCCGUCCUUCGGCCUCUGCUCCUUCGGCCUCCCGUCCUUCGGCCUCUCGUCCUUCGGCGCCACGUCCGUCCUCUCCAGUGGUAGCUUCUCCUCCGGCUCACAGCACCCGAAGUCGGCGUCCUUCUGUUCCUCCGGCCUCUUCGGCGGCCCCUCCCGUCACCCCUCCCUCUGCUUCCCAGAAGACACCGAAGUCUUCUUUAAAGAAAUCAAAAGGGAAAUCUAAAGAGAAGGAGGUUGCCUUCAAUGAUGGUGAUGUGGAAAAUGAAGAUACUCAGCGUGCUGGUCCCUCUGCUCCCCGGUUGUCCCUCGUCCACCCUCGUAUCUCCCUGGACGUCCGUAUUCCUGAGGACGAAAAGGAAUUCGCCACUUAUCGUUCUCUCGUCCUCGGUCUCACUACUCAGCUUGAGGCCGCCCGAAAUGAUACAUCUCUCCUGCUUGACUUCUCUUCUCGUCAAGCUAACGCUUUAAACAAUCUUACUGCGGCGUUAGUAGAUGUAGUCAACACUGGGGCUCUGGACGACGAAGCAAGGACAAGGUUAGCGGCCGUCUCUCGCCGAAGCCUUACUGAGAUAGCCGAUGUUCGCCGAAGACUGUUCGACACCCCCUUCCUAGUCACUCCUAUGGCGUAUGAGCCACCACCGUCCCUUGACUGGUUAGGUCGCCGUAGUAAUUCUCGUGUCCCAGCUUCCGCCCAGACUGCCCUCGACCUCCUCAGUCUUCCCUUCGAGUGUCUACGGACCAUACGUUCUCUGUGGAGGACCCCGAGCAUGCAAGCUGCUCGAGAUGUCCAGGACUUCGGUGACUUCUUUGGGGCUAUGAAUCGGGCAUGGAAUGCUUCUCUCUCUACUGCGUUCCCGUCUGAGACUCUCGACCUACCUUCGGUCAUCGGUAGCCUCCACACCAAUCCCGCGGGACCGAGUAGAUCGAAGGAGAAAGGAAAAGGAAAAGGUAAGGGUAAGAGUAAGGACAAGUGA